GCCUCAACCCAACUCCAUCGUGUAUUAAACGCGGCACUCGUCAUUUCCAAUCGCGUGAAACAAACAUUCUUUCAUAACCCUACACGGGCAGGGCGUGCCACUCACGCUCCAUGAUCACCCGCCAACUAAAAGGAGAAACCGCCAUUGUCUUCCAUUGCAACGGCAAUAUGGCCUCCAAAGCCGAAUAAAGAAACAGAAAUGGGGAGCAUUUCGUCUGAGGAAUCUUUCGAUCAAAUAAGCGAGCAGUUGGAGAGUUACAAUUUGAGCGCCGACGUGAGUGAAUCCGAGAGCUCAAGUGGGUUUUCCUGUCGUCGGUUUGACCGAGGUGGUUCGAGUUCUUUGACCUCUUCGCCCCCCGCGGGGUCAGAGUUUGUCGACGGUGCUAGUUUCAAAGAGCGACUUCCCGUGAUGUUGCCGGUCGUCGGUGGAAGACACGUGGUCAUUCCGAUGACGAAGGCGGAGGUAUCGGAGGCCGAAAUGUCCGAAAUAGAAUUGAUGAAGGAAAGGUUUGCUAAACUUUUGCUUGGAGAAGAUAUGUCAGGUGGAGGGAAAGGAGUUUGUACUGCUCUGGCCAUCUCCAAUGCCAUUACAAAUCUUUCUGCUUCUGUGUUUGGGGAACUAUGGAAAUUAGAGCCAUUAUCACCACAAAGGAAAUUGAUGUGGCGUAGAGAGAUGGACUGGCUUCUGUGUGUAAGUGAUUCCAUAGUGGAGCUUAAACCGUCAUUGCAAGAGUUUCCAGGAGGGGGAACCUUUGAGGUUAUGGUGGCCCGCCCACGCUCAGAUCUAUAUGUAAACCUCCCAGCACUCAAGAAACUUGAUGCAAUGCUGCUAAGCAUUCUUGAUAGCUUUCAUGAUUCUGAAUAUUGUUAUGCUGAUCGUGGGGUGGUCAUCUCCGAUAACGAUGGAAUUGAGGCAUUUCCUUCAUCUUUGACAUCUGAGUGGCCAUCUAUUAGGCAGGAAGAGAAGUGGUGGCUCCCAUUUCCUAAGGUUCCCCCUUCUGGUUUAUCUGAAGACUCAAGAAAGAGAUUGCAGCAGUGUAGAGAAUGUACGCACCAGAUCCUUAAGGCUGCUAUGGCAAUAAACAGCAAUGUCUUGGCUGAGAUGGAAAUCCCAAAUGCUUACCUCAAGAGCUUACCCAAGUGUGGAAAGGACUGUUUGGGUGAGGGCAUGUAUCGUUACUUAACUGCUGACCAGUUCUUCCCUGAGUGUCUUCUUGAUUACUUAGACCAAUCAUCAGAGUACACUACUCUCGAAAUAGCUAACAGGGUUGAGGCUUCUGUGCAUAUUUGGAAACAAAAAUACUCAAAAAGGCAUUCACUACGUGCAAAGGUUGGAAAGUCAUCAUGGGGUGGCAAAGUUAAAGGUUUUGUUGGUGACAUAGAAACGACUAAGGUUUUAGCUCAGCGGGCCGAGACACUCUUACAGAAUUUAAGGCUACGGUUUCCAGGCCUUCCUCAGACUUCCUUAGACGUGAGCAAAAUUCAGCAUAACAAGGAUGUAGGACAAGCAAUCCUUGAGAGCUACUCGAGAGUGAUGGAAAGCCUAGCUUUCAACAUAACAGCAAGGAUUGAUGAUCUGCUAUAUGUGGACGAUGCCACAAAACAACGCGCAAGUGCAACAGCAGAGUUAAUGCCUGUUAAUGAGCCGGGGCAAAUUGGUGCUGCUCUGCCUAUACAAAGGCGGAUAUUGCCCAGUCCUUUCUCAUACCAACGUUCUCUUGCGGGUGCAACAAGUGGUAUGGGAGCAUCCAACGAUUCAGAUGAAAUAGAUGAGAGCCCAGAUAGGAGGACUUGUCAACUCAUAACUAAUGGCAAUCUUAGAGACGCAUUGGCUGGCUCACUGGAAAGGCUAGCCUUUUGAAGAAUGUAAGGAACAACGUCUUGCAUCAUCAACCUGGAAAAACUGGUAGUAGCACUUAUAGAUUAAGAUUGAGAUAGCCUACGCCAUCACAUGCAUGCACCACAAAGCUCUGAUUUGUCAUUACUUCUGACGGAUUAGAUUGGAUCUUUGUAUAUAUAUUCCUUUAUGGUUAGACAUACAAAGUAGAGACUUUUUUUCUUCUCAUUUCCCCAAACAAUCAGGGAGGGGAUAUUGGUUUAGCCGGAGCUCGCUUAAGUAUCACCAUUGUAGCAGAAACUGCUAGCAAUUUUCUUGUGUUUCAAGAGUAGAGAAGCUUUAUGAUGGUAUAAAUUAAUAGGUUGUUAUGCGAACCUUAUUAACACGCA